GGUCCCUGUGGGAGGCCAUCAGACACCAGGCACUGAGCCGCCGUGACCGCGCUCUCGUCUGGUGACGAAGCGGUUAAACUUCAGCGCUGCAGGAAAGCGCAGCCGCCCGUUCGACAACGGAAGAGGUUUGGGUCAUGCCGGACGCCGUCAGGCAGUUCCCGCCUCGGCGGCGCGCGGCCUGUUUCAAAGCGGGAGCCAUGGCUGAGCAGGGCCUGGAAAUGGCCUCUAUGAUCCCGGCGCUGCGGGAGCUAGCCAGUGCUAGUCCAGAAGAAUACAAGACAGUUGUGCAGAAACCAAGACAAAUACUCUGCCAGUUCAUUGACAGAAUUCUCACAGAUGUAGAUGUUGUUGCUUUGGAACUGAUUAAGAAAUCAGAUUCACAGCCAAGUUCUGUAAUGUUGCUUGAUUUUAUUCAACAUAUCAUGAAAUCUUCCCCGCUUAUGUUUGUAAAUGUGGAUGGAAAUCAGGAGGAAACCAAAUGCAGCUGCAUUGAAUUUAGUAACUGGAUCAUAACAAGACUUCUCCGAAUUGCUGCAACUCCAAACUGCAACACCUUGCACAAGAACAUCUGUGACGUCAUUUGCUCUUUACUUUUUCUGUUUAAAAUGAAGAGUUGCUCCAUUUUUGAAGUACUAACAAAAGACUUGCUACAGCUUUUCCAGGACUUAAUCCUCCUGCAUGAAGGAGAUGCACAAAAGCAUCUCUGGGGAGAUGUACUGGUCUGGCCAGUGACUGUAAAGAGAUUUGCGAGCAAUACAAAUGACAAUGUGGGAUAUUUAAGAUUGGCACCAUUACAGCUGAUGGGUAUGCCCAACGUAGAAUGUUUGGAAGUUAUAUUAAUGUCUAUUCUGACAGAUAUUGUUGCAGAUGUGUUUUUUGUAAGACAAGAUACUAUUCUCUGGGGGAUAGGCUGCUCCCUGUUGGAGUAUGGCAGUCCGAAAGUUAAAGCUUUGGCAGUGAAGUUUUUAGUAAAGUUAAUUCAUUUAGGAGGACCUCCGGAACAGCUGGCCAGUGUUUUCUUCACAGUCUUUUUUGGAAUUCUACAGUCAGCACUUGAAAUGAAUACUGAAGAAUCAGAACUCUUCGGACAACCACUGUUACUGUUGGUGAGGACAUUGUUGCCUUUCGAAACAGAUUCUUAUAAAAAUAUUGAACCCGUCUACUUGAAUAUGCUACUAGAGAAGCUCUGUGCAUUGUUUGAAGGUGAUGUGUUUAGGUGUCUUCAGUCUGAAAAGCUGAAAGCUGCUUUUUGCCAUAUACUGCAAUAUUUUCUGGAGUUUGUUCCAACUGGCUAUGAAUCUGCCUUACAAGUAAGAAAAGUCUAUAUCAGUACCAUAUGCGGAAUUUUUGUGAAUGUGCUUGGAACUCAGGAAGAACAAGAGUAUCUGGUGAGUCCACUUUAUACAGCAUUAAAAACACAAACAGAAGAAAUCUUUCAGGACCUUCAUCAGAACCAGCUAGAUACUUCUGAUACUGAUGGGUGGAGCAGCAGCAGUGAUGAAGUUCCAGAGAAAAGACAACGACUAAGCCUACCAACAAAGCAUCCAAAGAAAUCACCUACAUCAGUAAUACUUAGUCCUGCGAACAUGAAAUUGAAGAGCACGCUAUGGAAUGCCAUCACAGAGAAAGCUGCAUCCUUAAUGUUUAUCCUCGAGAAUGAAAUUCUGACAGCAGAUAUUCUUCAGACUAUAGAAGGGAUUGCUGUAAUUCUGCAACUAGCUGCUUUGUGCAUAGUUCAUUGUUCUCCCCCAACAAAUUCUACCAGUACAGAUCAUAGAGUAACUCAUCUGUGUAACUCUGGCACACAUAAUGCUCCGAGCUCCUCAGAUUCAGCAGUGAAUAUACAGUUCACAUGGAUUUCCUCUGAGUUUAUCACAAGAGUAGUGAAAGUCUGCAGAAACCUGUUAGAGGCUGCUACGCAGAUUGCUAACCUAGAACAAGUGAUUGACAGAAUAGUGAAAAUCUUUGAUGCUUUGCUGUAUGCACAAGUGAAAAUUCCACUGAGUGAUCAGAUUCUUGAUAACUUAUGUGGAUUGUUGUCUCUGCCCUGGAUUUACAGCCAUCCUGAUGAUUCUCCUUUUAAGCCAUCUGCUUUUGGGUUUGAUCCUCUAGUUUUGAGUCAAAAAACUGCACAGAGUUUCUCAUCCCAAACUCAGUCACACUGUGUGUUCCUUCUGUCUCUCUUCCCAAGAAACAUUCAUCUGGACUGGAGAAAAUCUAUUUAUCAUUGGGCACUACAAAGUCCCCGUGAAGUAAUUCGGGCUACUUGUGUUAAAGGAUUCUCUCUCCUGCUUCAUCCACCAAGCGUGCAGUCCGGCAGUGUGAUUCCCAAAGCUCUUUUAAAUCAAAUCAAAGAUGAGUCUGAGCUAGUCAAAGAGGCUUGUGCUGGUAUAGUUGGGAAAUUAUCUUGCUGUCUUUCUGGUACAUUCAGCAUACAACCUUCCUUAGUUGACUCUGCUAUUAAGCAGGUUACUUACGAUAUUUUAUGUAGCAGCCUUACUGUGACUUCUGCUCAUGAAAAAACUUGUUCUGUGCAAGCCUGUGUUUUCAAGCCAUUUCUUAUUCUCCUCGAGAGCAAGGUAUCCAGUUCAGUAAAGCUAGCCUUUAUAGAAAAUAUACCUCAUCUUUGCAAACAUCUGGAUUUUAACAAUGAUGAGUCCAAUGUGAAGAUUCUUGUUGGAUCUUUAUUAAAUCUAAUGGAAGAUCCAGACAAAGAUGUCAGAGUGGCUUUCAGUGACUGCAUAAAGAACAUACUAGAAUCCUUAGACUCAGAAGAAGGAUUCAUAAAAGAGCUGUUUGUUUCAAGAAUGAAAGAAGCCUAUACAAAUGCCAAAAUAUCAAGAAAUAAUGAGCUUAAAGAUACCUUGAUUCUCACAACAGGAGAUAUUGGAAGGGCAUCAAAAGGAGAUUUGGUACCAUUUGCCCUUUUGCAUUUGCUACACUGUUUGUUGUCCAAGUCAGCUUCUGUGGCUGGAGCAGCGUACACAGAAAUUCGAUCCCUGGCAGCAGCUAAGUCCAUAAAACUGCAAGCUUUUUUCAGUCAGUACAAGAAGCCUAUCUGUCAGUUUCUAGUGGAAUCCCUGCACUCUAGCCAGAUGGCAGUGUUGAGUGCUCCAUGCAAGGGUAAUGAGCUACAGAAACAAACAGCUGCUCACCAGAGAGAAAUGGCUCUGGACAUGUUAUCCGAGAUUGCCAAUGUAUUUGAUUUUCCGGAUCUAAAUCGCUUUCUCUCGCGGACCCUACAAGUCUUGCUUCCUGACCUUGCAGCCAAGGCUAGUCCCGCAGCCUCCACGCUUAUACGAACCAUAGCAAAACAGUUGAAUGUAAACCGAAGAGAGAUUUUAAUCAAUAACUUCAAAUACAUCUUCUCUCAUUUGGUCUGUUCCUGCUCCAAGGAUGAGCUUGAACGGGCACUUCAUUACCUCAAGAAUGAGACUGAGAUAGAGCUGGGCAGCUUGCUGAGACAGGACUACCAAGGACUGCAUAAUGAAUUAUUGCUACGUAUAGGAGAACACUAUCAACAAGUCUUCAAUGGUUUGUCAAUACUGGCUUCAUUUGCAUCUCACGAUGAUCCCUAUCAGGGACCUAGAGAAAUAACAUCACCUGAACAAAUGGCUGAUUAUCUGCAACCUAAAUUGCUUGGUAUCUUGGCUUUUUUUAACAUGCAGUUACUGAGUUCCAGUGUUGGCAUUGAGGAUAAAAAAAUGGCUUUAAACAGUCUUAUGUCUUUAAUGAAGCUCAUGGGUCCCAAACACAUCAGUUCAGUAAGAGUGAAGAUGAUGACUACACUGAGAACAGCUCUAAGAUACAAGGAUGACUUUCCAGAACUGUGUUGCAGAGCCUGGGAUUGUUUUGUUCGAAGUCUGGACCAUUCAUACCUUGGCUCCUUGCUUAGUCAUGUUAUAGUAGCAUUAUUGCCCCUUAUGCAUAUCCAACCAAAGGAAACUACAGGAGUAUUUUACUUUCUCAUAGUUGAGAACAGGGAUGCAGUACGAGACUUUUUACAUGAGAUAUAUUUUCUGCCUGACCUUCCAGAACUAAAAGAAGUUCAGGUUGUCCUUCAGGAAUAUAGAAAGGAAUCCUCCAAAAGCACUGACUUGCAGACAACGCUGCAGCUGUCUAUGAGAGCUAUUCAGCAUGAGAAUGUGGAUGUUCGUAUUCAUGCACUUACCAGCCUGAAAGAAACAUUAUAUAGAAAUCAGGAAAAAUUGAUAAAGUAUGUAACAGACAGUGAAACGGUGGAACCAGUCAUCUCCCAGUUGGUAACUGUACUUCUGAUUGGCUGCCAGGAUGCAAAUUCUCAAGCUCGACUACUUUGUGGAGAAUGUUUAGGUGAACUGGGAGCCAUAGAUCCUGGCAGGCUCGACUUUUCAACAAGUGAAACACAAGGAAAACAUUUUACAUUUGUGGCUGGUGUGGAGGAUCCAAAUUUUGCCUAUGGAUUAUUAAUGGAACUGACCAGAGCAUUCCUUGCUUAUGCUGAUAAUGUUCGUGCUCAGGAUUCUGCAGCGUAUGCGAUUCAGGAGUUACUGUCUAUCUAUGACUGUAGAGAGACAAACACUGACUGCCCAGGCUCCAGGCUUUGGAGGAGGUUUCCUGAGCACGUGCAGGAAAUCUUGGAACCUCAUUUAAAUACACGAUACAAGAGUUAUCAAAAGGCUGUAAAUUGGUCUAAGAUGAAGAAGCCCAUUUACUUAAGCAAAUUAGGUGAUAAUUUUGCGGAAUGGUCAGCAACUUGGGCAGGUUAUCUUAUAACAAAGGUACGACAUGAUCUUGCCAGAAAAGUUUUCGACUGCUGCAGUAUUAUGAUGAAGAAUGACUAUAAAGUGACAAUUUAUCUGCUUCCACACAUCCUUGUCUAUGUUUUGUUGGGAUGCAGUAAAGAGGAUCAACAAGAGGUUUACGUGGAGAUUAUGGCUGUUCUGAAACACGAUGACCAGUCUACCAGGAGACUUGAAGACAGUGCAUCUGAUCUAAGUCAGCUGAGCACACAGACAGUGUUUUCCAUGCUUGAUCAUCUCACUCAGUGGGCUAGACAUAAGUUUCAAAUACUUAUUGCUGAGAAAAAUACUGGCAAGUCCAGCAAAGACAGAGGUGAUCUAAAAACGUCAAGUGAGGACUAUGGAGAAUAUCAAAAUGUGACACGUUUUCUAGACCUCAUACCUCAGGAUACGCUAGCUGUGGCUUCCUUUCGCUCUAAGGCUUACACAAGGGCUGUGAUGCACUUUGAAUCAUUCAUCACUGAGAAGAAACAAAAUAUUCAGGAGCAUCUUGGAUUUCUUCAGAAAUUGUAUGCUGCUAUGCAUGAGCCAGAUGGAGUAGCUGGGGUGAGUGCAAUUCGGAAAGCAGAACCAUCUCUCAAAGAACAAAUCCUUGAACAUGAAAGUAUUGGCUUGCUAAGAGAUGCAACAGCCUGUUAUGAUAGGGCUAUCCAGCUGGAACCUGAUCAGAUUAUUCAUUAUCAUGGUGUAGUGAAGUCCAUGUUAGGCCUUGGUCAAUUAUCUACUGUAAUUACUCAGGUCAAUGGAGUGCUUGCAAACAGGUCUGAAUGGAUUUCUGAAUUGAACACUUACAGAGUGGAAGCAGCCUGGAAACUGACACGAUGGGAUUUAUUGGAAAAUUAUUUGGCUUCAGAUGUGAAGUCCACUACUUGGAGUGUCAGACUAGGACAUUUAUUAUUAUCAGCCAAGAAGAAAAAUGAAGCAGCUUUUUAUGAAACACUCAAGGUUGUUCGAGCAGAACAGAUUGUACCCCUUUCAGCAGCAAGCUUUGAAAGAGGAUCCUAUCAGCGAGGAUACGAACACAUUAUCAGGUUGCAUAUGCUGUGUGAGUUGGAACAUAGUAUUGGACCAAUGUUUCAGCAACCAGACGGUGACCACAGUAGAGAUUCCCUGAACUGGUGUGCUCGUAUCGAAAUGACCCAAAACUCUUACAGAGCAAAAGAACCCAUUUUAGCACUGAGAAGGGCUUUGCUUAGUCUCAGUAAAAGUCAGGAUUACAGUGAGCUUGUUGGUCAGUGUUGGCUCCAGAGCGCUAGAGUUGCAAGAAAAGCUGGUCAUCACCAGACUGCGUAUAAUGCGCUUCUGAAUGCUGGGGAAUCUACGCUCUCAGAACUCUAUAUAGAAAGAGCAAAGUGGCUCUGGUCCAAGGGUGAGGUUCAUCAAGCACUCAUUGUUCUCCAGAAGGGAGUUGAGUUAUGUUUCCCUGAAAAUAAAGCACCAUGCAAUAGCAAAAAUCAGCUCAUCCACGGUCGGGCAAUGCUGCUAGUGGGUAGAUUUAUGGAAGAAACUGCUAACUUUGAAAGCAAUGCAGUUAUGAAAAAAUAUAAGGAUGUUACGAUUUUCUUGCCAGAAUGGGAAGAUGGACACUUUUAUCUUGCUAAAUACUAUGAUAAAUUAAUGCCGAUGGUAACAGACAACAAGAUGGAAAAACAAGGAGAUCUGAUUAGAUACAUAGUUCAUCAUUUUGGGAGGUCUCUACAGUAUGGAAACCAGUUCAUCUAUCAGUCAAUGCCAAGAAUGCUGUCUUUAUGGCUGGACUUCGGAGCAAAAGCAUACGAAUGUGAUAAAGCUAGUCGUUCAGAACGAGUUCAAAUGAAAAAUGAUUUAGCUAAAAUAAAUAAGGUGAUUACAGAGCACACAAAUCACUUAGCUCCUUACCAGUUUCUGACAGCUUUUUCUCAGUUAAUCUCCCGAAUCUGCCAUUCUCAUGAUGAAGUCUUCGCAGUUCUGAUGGUGAUUGUUGCUAAAGUGUUUUUAGCCUAUCCACAGCAAGCAAUGUGGAUGAUGACUGCUGUGUCCAAGUCCUCUUACUCUACACGGGUCAAUAGAUGUAAGGAAAUUCUAAACAAAGCUAUUCACAUGAAGGAAUCUUUAGGAAAAUUUAUUGGAGAUGCAACACGCCUUACAGAUAAGCUGUUAGAACUAUGUAACAAACCGGUUGAUGGAAACAGCUCAACAUUAAGCAUGAAUAUUCAUUUCAAAACACUUAAGAGAUUAGUAGAAGAGCACACAUUUAGUGAAAUUCUCAUUCCCCUACAAUCUGUAAUGAUACCAACUCUUCCUUCAAUUCCUGGUACACAUGCUAACCAUGACCCUUUUCCUGGAUGCUGGGCCUACAUUGCUGGCUUUGAUGAUACGGUGGAAAUUCUUGCCUCACUUCAAAAGCCAAAAAAGAUCACCUUAAAAGGUUCAGAUGGGAAAUCUUACAUUAUGAUGUGUAAGCCAAAAGAUGAUCUAAGAAAAGACUGCCGGCUCAUGGAAUUCAACUCCCUAAUUAAUAAGUGCUUAAGAAAAGAUGCGGAAUCACGUAGGCGAGAACUCCAUAUUCGAACCUACGCAGUUAUUCCCUUAAAUGAUGAAUGUGGCAUCAUUGAAUGGGUGAACAAUACUGCUGGGUUAAGAAAUAUCCUGAUAAAACUUUAUAAGGAGAAAGGUAUCUAUAUGACUGGAAAAGAAUUGCGUCAGCAUAUGCUUCCAAAGUCAGCGCCUUUGUCUGAAAAACUGAAAAUGUUCAAAGAAGUCCUUCUGCCUCGUCAUCCUCCUCUCUUUCAUGAAUGGUUUCUAAGAACAUUUCCUGAUCCAACUUCAUGGUACAAUAGUAGGUCAGCCUAUUGUCGUUCUGUUGCAGUUAUGUCAAUGGUAGGUUACAUACUCGGUCUAGGAGACCGUCAUGGUGAAAACAUUCUGUUUGAUUCUUUGACUGGUGAAUGCGUGCAUGUGGAUUUCAACUGCCUUUUCAAUAAGGGAGAAACUUUUGAAGUUCCGGAAAUCGUUCCUUUUCGUCUCACUCACAACAUGGUUAAUGGAAUGGGUCCAAUGGGAACAGAAGGUCUCUUCCGAAGAGCAUGUGAAGUCACAAUGAGGCUUAUGCGUGAUCAAAGGGAGCCUCUAAUGAGUGUCUUAAAGACUUUUCUCCAUGAUCCUCUUGUGGAAUGGAGUAAACCUGUUAAAGGGAAUACAAAAGCACAGGUGAACGAAACUGGAGAAGUUGUCAAUGAAAAGGCCAAAACCCAUGUCCUUGAUAUAGAACAACGGCUGCAAGGUGUCAUUAAGACUAGAAACAGAAUAAAAGGAUUACCUUUAUCUAUUGAAGGUCAUGUUCAUUAUCUUAUUCAAGAAGCAAGUGAUGACAACCUGCUCUGCCAGAUGUAUAUGGGCUGGGCUCCAUAUAUGUGAAAUCUGUUCACUUUGGAAUGACACCAUUCGCAAGUGGUGCAGGUAUAAUAUUCGUGAAGAGGUAUUAAUCAGUGAUAACCGGUUACUUCUGUUGAUUUUUGAUUGUAAGCAGCAAAACAGUCUUAUGACCAAUCCAAAAUCUAUGUAAAAUAUACAAUGCACUUGCAAGUAUGUUAUGAAUACACUGGCAGAUGUGUAAGAUGUUAUGACUUAUGUUUUGUAUACAUAUAGAAGGCAGUACAUAGGCAAGUUGCUUCCUCUGACUACAUGAAAAAAUUUCACGUUGAAAGAAUGCACUCUUAACUUUAUAAAGUACUGUAUGUUUUUGUAAAGAUUUUUCUCAUUCAGCUUGCUUGUAGAUUAGAAAAUCUGACAUUAAAGUUUUAUACUGAUAUGAUGUAAAGUGAUUCAACUUUUUCUACUCAUAGUUCAGAAGGGCUUUCUAAAAAUCAGUAGUAGUAAUUUUCAGUGGUAGACCUUCAAUUUUGGUUUCCUUGCCUUUCUUCCAUAUGGCCUGGCUAUGUCUAGAAAAGCAUUUGGGAUCUUAAAUCUGACCAUCAAGAAACUGGUAAAGUGCUACAAUGUUCUGAAACUGUUUCCUUAGCCCUUGCCUGCUGUGCUAAGAAACCCUGGUGAAGGAAAUGACACAAAGCUGUGAGGUGGAGGACCCUGGCAGUAUGGCUGUAACACCAGUGCAUCAGGCAGGGUAUAGUAUUCUGUGACUUUAACGUACCUUCAGGGUCCUCAGAGUUCUGGACAGGCCCUCUCUUCCCUCCCUUGUAAAAAGCGUGGUUAUAGUGAGUGUUUUUAAAAACUCAGUUUCAGAAAAAGCAUUUUGACAUGGCCAAGAGUAGACUGACUACGUAUGUUCAAAAGGCAUGUACUAACUUCCAGUAAUGCUUGCUUCUCUAGGCAUCCAAAUUGUAGGGAAAUGAGGGGGGAGAUAGGGAAAAAUUAUACUCUUUUACCCUACAGUUAGGAUAUCACUAACACACAUUAUUUUUGUUUCUGCUGUUCUGAGAGACAAAUGAUGUCAUAAGUUUUUGAUCACACUGAUGCUGUGUCAUGGAGACUCAAGUUUUAGUUUAGCUGGAAUCUGGGCACUAGGGAGAGUAAAUUUAAGUAAUGGGUUUACAGCUGGUUGUAGUGGGUUUGUUUCUGUGGGGAACUAGUGGGUAAUCUUCCAAAAGUGGUGUCACUGACUCAUAAAUGUGAAGAUUUUUCCAAGUG